GUUAUUAUUAUUAUUAUAUUUAAUUUAAUAUUUAUUGCGUUGCUGGACUUGUCUGGGGCAUCUCUUUCACAAAACUUGAAUCAGAUUGGCUAAGGCACUGGGAUUUGUUUGGCAUGCCUCAAAACCCAAGUGCAACAAACACUUUGGGUUCUGCGUGAGAGAGAGAAUCUUAAAUUCUUCAUCUCUUUAAUUAUUAUAUAUAUAUUAUAUAUAUAGUUAUAUAUAUAUAUAUGUGUGUGGGUGUUGCAGUGUAUACUGAUGGGGAAUAUGAGAGCAAGAUAAGUUCUUCUCUGUAUCAAACAAAGACACACAUGUAGCUGUUUUUCAAGUUGGUGUUUGCAAGAAAAGUGCUCUCUCUUCUACGUUGUCGUUCUUCUUCUGAUCUCUUUGUUUCUUGUCAAUAUCUUCAGUCAACCAAUAAGACUAAAAAAAAAAAAGCUUUCUAGCUAGUCUUAUCUCAGCUCCUUAAACAAAAAUAACAGGUAUAGAAGCGUGAGAAGGUGAAAAGGGCAUUAAUACCAGAUCCGGAUAUAUGCAUUUCUGAGCCCAGUACUUUUUUUCUUCAUAGAAGAAAUAAUAUAUAUAUAUACACACAUAUAUACUGGUCAACCUGCUCCAUAUAUAAAGAGUACAGUACUAUAGUACUAGCAGAAAUUUAAAGCGUCAAUGGAGAAGCUCUUUAAACCAUACGACAAGGAAUUCAUGAAGAUGGCCAUGAUAAAGCAUGAAGAAACAUUCAAAGAACAGGUGUAUGAACUUCAUCGUCUAUACCAAAUCCAGAAGAUUUUGAUGAAAAACAUCGGACGGAGCAGAAUGAAAGAAACCCAUUUCAGUAAUCAGCUUGAAUCGCAAAACAGACGACAGUUUAUGAUACUGGAUUUGGAGCAGCCUUCAGUAACCGAAGACCAGUUCAAUAAAAUUAAUAUAGCAGAAGACUCAGACGACGGUGAUAAUAACAACAAUACUGACAGUAAUAAUAACAACAACAACAACAACAAUGGUGUUCUGGAAAUUAUCGACGAGACUGAGAUCGAGCUGACUUUGGGCUUGGGCCUGGGGCCCACCAGUUACAGUCGAAGUCGAAGCCGGAAAACUUCAGAUUCCGGCCCAAGUUUCUCGUCCUCUUCAACUGGAUCCAGCCAGAUGAACUCUCGACACCAUUACGGCAGAACGAGAGAAACAACAAGAGUAGAGUUAAACGACAGCAGUGGUAGGGGGCAUGGCCAGGUCCUUGAUGCGACGUCGUCCGGAUACCACUACUCAAGUCCGAGUAAAAACAACAUCGAUGAUGUCGCUGAAGGGGAAUUGAGACGGGAGAGACUAAAACACCACCCACCUUGGCUUUUCCAAGUUUUGAGCUUGAAUAUGACUUGUGAAUGAGAAUAUAUUAUAAUAUUGUAAUUGUUGGUCAAUAUGAUGAUUCCGAGAUUGUUAGAUUUUUUUUCCUUCCUGUUUAUUGUCUAAUUUUCUGAUUAUGAUUUUUUUAGGGGUGGAAUUUUCUAAUUAGUUUUAUUUUAAAAAGUUAAUAUUGUAAUAGCCUAAUAGGUGAUGGAAAGUCUUGUAUGUAAAGAACUUAGAGCUUGUCUUUCCCUGGCUUGCUAUUAUUAUGCAAAGUCCCAUCUAAUCUAAUAACGUGACUCUUGAUUAUUAUUGUCUAGCACAA